AUGUAAGAAGAUUACACUUAUCAAAUUCUUAAAAAAUGCAACGGGAAGGUUAUAAUUCAAAUAGAUGAACGAUUAUUGGAUGUUAUCAAUACUCAUUUCACCAUAAAACCACAAUAACAGCAAAGAGAAGUGCCUUAUUCAGUCAAGAAAUAACAUAAUUUCUAAAGGCGAAUAGUGCCCUUCUUUAUGAACCAAUUUAUGCAUUGGGCAGAAGAGAUGGGAUACAAAUAGGUCGAUGGGUAUCUGAGAGCCAUUCAUAAGAAGAAGACCUCAAAAUAAUAAAAGUUUGAGUUGGGAGAUCUCAAGAAGUUAUUUGGUGCCAUCAAUCCUCGAACUAAAAUCAUUCAGAUGGAGACUCAGACUAAGUGGAUUGAGUUCUUGGGUACUCAGGCUGAGAUCUGUGUACUUGUGAACAAUAAGAUCAAGGAUCAAUCAACCAAACAAAUGUACAUUCAAGCAAUCGAGCAUUUGAAGGCGGAGUUGAAAAAAGAACAGCCUUAUGACAAAUUCUUGAGUCUCCCUAAGAAGGAGGAAUCGAAUGACUCUUUGAUGGAGGAAUCAAAAGAGUAAUCAAUCAAAGAGGAAUACUCAAGUGGGGAAUUCGAUGAGUAGGCUCCGACUUAUAAGGAAGACCCGUAUUCUUAUUUGAGUUGCGCAUACAGCAACUACGAAUGACUUUGUACUCAUGUUUUUUAAAUAAUUAACUAAUUA